AUGGUUUCUCGUUUUUGUAUUGCCCUUUGGGCACUUACUCUUGGCCAUGCUGUUGUGGCCGCGCCGCAGAUAUUGGCCCCUCGUGCGAUGGGUACUUUGGAUACCUGGUUGGUGUCUGAGAGCGCGGUAGCAAGACAGGGUAUCCUGGAUAACAUCGGCUCGGCUGGUGCCUAUGCUGCGAAUGCAAAGCCGGGUAUUGUAGUCGCGAGCCCCAGCACCUCUGACCCUGAUUACUAUUAUACUUGGAGUCGCGACUCGGCCUUGGUGUUCAAAAAUUUGAUCGACAUGUUCAAGAACGGUGACAGCGCAUUGCUAGAUGUUAUUGAAGAAUACAUCAGUUCUCAGGCCUAUAUCCAGACGGUGUCAAAUCCAUCUGGAGCUCUUUCCGGCGGCAGCGGUUUGGGAGAGCCCAAGUUCAACGCUGAUGAGACAGCUUUCACUGGCUCUUGGGGUCGCCCUCAGCGUGAUGGACCAGCCUUGCGAGCCACAGCAUUGAUAUCGUUUGGUCAAUGGCUUAUUGAUAAUGGGUACACCACCUACGCGACCAACAUUGUCUGGCCCGUUGUGCGCAACGACCUCUCCUAUGUUGCCCAAUACUGGAACCAGACAGGAUUUGAUCUCUGGGAGGAGGUUUCUGGCUCAUCGUUCUUUACCAUCGCGGCUCAGCACCGUGCCUUAGUGGAGGGAAGCACGUUCGCGAGCCAAGUCGGUUCCUCGUGCUCGUACUGUGACUCUCAGGCUCCGCAGGUUCUGUGCUUCCUACAGUCUUUUUGGACUGGAUCUUACAUUCUGGCCAACUUUGGUGGUGGCCGCUCGGGCAAAGACGCCAACACCCUGCUUGGCAGCAUCCACACCUUUGACCCGGAGGCAGGAUGCGACGACACCACAUUCCAGCCUUGCUCAGCUCGGGCACUCGCAAACCACAAAGCUGUGACUGAUUCGUUCCGAUCGAUCUACUCUGUCAACUCUGGUAUUGCUGCAGGCAAGGCUGUUUCUGUUGGUCGAUACCCAGAGGACUCAUACUACAAUGGUAACCCUUGGUACCUGUGCACUUUGGCUGCAGCUGAGCAGUUGUAUGAUGCGAUAUACACUUGGAACCGUAUCGGUUCUUUGACAAUCACCUCUGUCUCUUUGAACUUCUUCAAAGAUCUUUACAGCUCCGCUGCGACUGGAACCUACCCCUCGUCCAGUGAUACGUACUCUUCAAUUGUGAGCGCUGUCAAGGCAUAUGCGGAUGGAUAUGUUAGCGUUGUGGAACAAUACGCCCCAUCUACUGGCUCUUUGUCCGAGCAAUUCUCCAGGUCAGAUGGCUCGCAACUCUCAGCUCGUGACCUGACUUGGUCCUACGCAGCCCUGCUUACCGCCAAUGAGCGUCGGAAUGCCAUCGUUCCCGCACCGUGGGGUGAGACAUCUGCCAGCAGUGUCCCUGGACAAUGUCAAUAUACUUCGGCUAUUGGUACUUUUAGCUCUGCGACAAACACAGCUUGGCCUGCCACCUUGACUAGCGGAUCAGGCAGUGUAACCACCACCAAGACAACUACCACGACCAAAACUACCUCGACGACAACAUCAUGCACAACUCCGACCGCCGUUGCAGUGACAUUCAAGGUGAUCGCCACUACUACAUAUGGAGAAAGAAUUAAGCUUGCUGGAUCUAUCUCUCAGCUUGGCUCUUGGUCCACAAGCAGAGCUAUUGCACUCAGCGCAUCCUCAUACACUACGAGCAAUCAUCUGUGGUUUGUGACUGUGACAUUUCCAGUGGAUACUAGCUUCACCUACAAGUAUAUUCGGGUAGCGAGUGAUGGUACCACUACGUGGGAGGGGGACCCUAACUUGUCGUACACUGUCCACACCACAUGCGGUACCACAGCUGUCACCAUUAGUGAUACCUGGAGGUAA